AUGACUCACCGUUCGUCCCUCAUUAUCCGCGUGGCAAUAACGACUCUAUGCUCUGCGCGUGGCAUCCUUGGCCAGAACUUUACUAUUCCAACCCAGUGGAGCAACACGCAAUCCAAUGCAAGUCGUUCCGUUCGUCAGGCAUUGUCCAACGGAGCCGCGCAAGAGCUUCGGGUUAGGAGCACUCAACAAGAGCUGGAUACUCAAAAGAAUGCUAUCACCAACUUAGCGAGUUUAGCACAGGCUUUAGCCACGCAUGAUCUGUUUAGUAACUCUUCGUCGUCGUCGGACAGUGUCGGUAAUGUAUUGCAGACAUAUGACCAGUCUAUUACGUUCAACAUAGAUCUCGCCAACUUCGGUCUUGCCGAGUUGAGCGCAGCUCAAGCAUAUGGCGACGGUGACGAUAUACGCCCGGAUUAUACGAUUUGGGAUCGUUGGGGUGCUAUCUACAACGAUAGCUUCAUAACCCCGACGAUGGCCACAAGCAACACGUUUCCUCGUAAUCUAAGCACUACGCCGGACUGCGGAAGGACACUCGGGGGAAUGAUCUUUGGUAUAGAUGAUCGUUCCAGCCUAGAUGUUUAUACGCGUGCGCUCUCGGUAUGGAUAUUACUAUCUUCACGACUGGCCGACUUGGACACUGUCAAUCAAGCACAAUAUCUUCAAGCGGCGGAGCUCUCUAUUCAGUUCAUGACGAGUCAUCUUCUGGAUUUGACGGCCCAGGGUUCUGAUAUUGUUGCCCAUACAUUCAACGCUAGUGCAUGCAAGCCAUCUGUCGGCUCUUCUCAAUCGAGGGACCUUGCGCCGCUCAUCGAAGGAGUAAGCAUCGUGGCCAACCUUACGCGAAACGACACCUAUGCUCAGCUUCUGUCGGAGCUCAUACCUCUGGCCGUCAUCGGGUGGAGUAAUCCAGAUGGGAUCAUGUAUGAGAGUGGUGGAAACCUCGGUAAAGGCUAUAUGAUAAGGAGUCUUCUGGAGGCGAGGCGUAGGAACCCUACAAACACAGCUAUGAUCAGUCUCAUUGAUGCCUUCAUCACCGUUCAGUUCAAUGCCGUUCGUACCAACGCUAACUUGAGUAACAACAACUACAACAACUUCUGGGCAGGCAACUCCUCCCCCUCUUCGUCUUAUGAUCUCCUUGGAAGUAUACAAGCCUUGGGCGUUUUCGAUGCUGCAUCUGAAAUAGCACCACCAAACUCGACCUCAAAACCUUCCACCAAUGUAGGUGUCAUCGUUGGUGCUGUCGUGGGCGGUGUCGCGGGAGUCACAACGUGCGCGCUGGUCGUGCUGGUCUGUUGCCGCUGGAGACGGAGUCGAAGACGGCCGAUGAGCGACAACGGAACCGAGCUUCUGUCUCGUGCAAGAUCGCACAGUGGGAUCGAGCCUUACCUGUUGACGACUAGUGAGCGAACGCGUCGCCAAACGGGCUUGAAAGGGGGAACCUCGUACUCGCGGAUGGAAGAUUCAAGUGCGGCCGGCGGUAUCGAUACCAUGGCGCCGAGCUCGUCCGAGGAACCCACUGCACCGGUUCAGAGUCCGGAUGAUAUUUCCGGGCUUGCUAGGAGGAUAAACCACUUGAUCAAUGUACUGGCCGUUCGCAAUGAAGCGGAAGAGUUGCCUCCGGGUUACGAAGCUAGGGCGUCGAGGUCGAAUGUAGCUUCUCGGUCGUCAUAG